GCGCCCCGCCCCGCGCUCUGGAGGGAGCAGAGGCGAAGCCUGGCGCGGGGAGCCCCGGAGGGCGGGGGUGUGUCGGCCGCGCGCUCACGCCUGGUAACUGCCAGCCGCGGCGCGCCGUCGCGCUCUAGUCCCGGGAGGUGCGCGGGGCUAAGAGGGCAGGGGGCGGGGGCGGCGGCGCGCGCACUCGGGCCCGAGUCGAAGCCGCCCCCUGUGGCCACAGCCGCCGGAGCCAUGUACCGCAGCGGCCCCCGCGCCUCAGGCUCUUCGCACCGGCCUAAAGACUGUGGCGGGGGCGACCCGCGUCCCAGUCGCGGCCCCGGGUACUCGUCAGGCCCGGUCCGCCACGCCUCGCCGCCGCCGUCUUCCUGCGCCCCCGCGCUGCGGACCCCGGCGCGUCGGCCCCGCUCACCCCCCUCGCACCGCAGCCGCCGGGCCUCGCCGUCCCCGCCCCGCAGCCGCCGCAGCUCCCCGUCCCCUCCGCGGAGCCGCCGACUCUUUCCGCCGGGCCCAGGCGGCUUCCGAGGCAGCAGUCGCGGCGAACCCCGCGCCGAUUUCUCCCGGGACAGCCGCGGGAACCACGCCGGUGACAGCGGCAGCCGGAGACACUCUCCUGGUCUGCAUUCUGACUCUUCUAUGGAUCAGAGCUUAAGGAUCACUGUUGGCAAUGACCAUUUUUGUGUUAGCACACCAGAACGGCGAAGGCUUAAUGAUCGGCUGGGGUCACCAGUAGAUAAUCUGGAGGAGGUGGACAGGGAUGACCUGAUUGAUGAUUCUGUCUUCACUCGACAUUCCCAGUGCUCUCGGGGUCUCGAACGAUAUAUUUCCCGGGAGGAGGAACCUCUUAGUCCCUUCUUGGGACAACUUGAUGAGGACUACAGAACAAGAGAAACUUUCCUGCGUCGAUCUGAUUAUAGUCCCCAUGUUGGUUGUCAUGAUGAGCUGUUUCGGGGAACGGAACGGAAUAGAGACAAACUAAAAAACUCCUACUCUAUACGAUCUGAAGAAAGGAGUCGAGAGGCCAAAAGGCCCCGUUAUGAUGAUACAGAGAAAAUACACAGCAUGGGAGGGGAUCACUCAGCUUUUACAUCAGGGACUCGAAACUAUCGGCAGCGUAGACGAAGCCCAAGUCCUAGGUUUCUAGACCCUGAGUUUCGAGAGCUGGACCUUGCCAGGAGAAAGCGAGAGGAAGAGGAACGAAAUAGAAGCUUGAGUCAGGAGCUGAUGGGAGAAGAUGAUGGUGACAAUAGCUGUUCCAUUCCUGGAUUAUCAGGUGCCCUGACAGCUUCAGAGCCUGGAUAUUCUUUGCAUCGGCCUGAAGAAGUAUCUGUGAUGCCCAAGAAAUCCAUUCUGAAGAAGCGGGUUGAGGUGGACAUGGAGCCUUCUGUGCAGCUUGGCAGUUUUUCCAGCAGCACCAGCACUAGCCAGGAUCACCCUGGGUACUCUGGGCACUCAUCUCUUCCAUUAAGUGGUGCUAUUGCAGCUUUUGCCCCAGAGAUUGAAGACAAGGAGACAACAGUGGAGACUACCCUGAAGGAACCUCAAGGCAACCUAUACCAAUGGGGUCCCCUUCCUGGGGUGCCCAAAGACAAUAGUCCUCUCAGCGAAAAAUUUGGAAGCUUUCUGUGCCACAAGGAAAAAAUGGAUUUGAAGACUGAGGGACACACAGACUUCUUACUGCCCCAUGAGAGAGCUAGCCAGGAUGGAAGUGGGUUUUCCCGCAUCCUCAGCAUGUUGGCAGAUUCUACCAGCACACAAGAGAAAAGAUGCCGAAGCUUCCCUGACAUCGAGGAUGAGGAGAAAUUUCUCUAUGGGGAUGAAGAAGAGGACUUUAAGGCGGAGUCUCCACCAAAGCCCACUGGGGGCUCUGAGAGUGAAGUUAUAAGACAGAAAACAAUUUCCCUCCCCUCUUCAUCUCCAGCUAUAAAGCUAGAAUCCCUAGAAGAGACCAAUCCCGAAUAUGCCAAGAUUCAUGACUUGUUGAAGACCAUAGGGCUGGAUAUCGGAGUAGCAGAGAUUAGUCAACUGGCUGUGCGAACUCAGGAGCGACUUCAUGGCAAGAAGCCAUCAUCACGCUCUACAACUGACCGGCGUUCCUCUGUUGACCGACACUUUUCAGUGGACCGUUGUUCUUCUGUUGACCACCAUUUCUCAGUUGAUCAAUGCUCCUCAGAUCCCCAUAGACUGGAUGACAGGGAGGCACACCACGGCAAUGCACAAUCCCCAGAAGUGUCCCAUCCACACCAAGCUUCCUCAGUAGAUCCUUACCUACUCAGAAAACACAGCCCUCCCUUCUUAAAAUCUGACCAUCCAGUGGGUCAUAUUUCAGAACCCAAAGUGAUUGGCAGUGGGUUUCAGUCAGCUGUUUCAGUCAGGUGUGUGUUGCCCUCUGCAUCCUCUACCCCAAUUAGGCUUCCCCACUCUGCUUCAUUGUCUCAGUUUCAUGUGCCACAGCCUUCUCAGUUUGCUGCAGCUCGGAUACCUCCAAACUAUCAGGGACCAGCCAUCCCUGCUGUCUCCUUUGAUGCCUAUCGGUCCUACAUGGCCUAUGCAGCUGCAAGAUGGCCCUUGUACCCUGCAUCUCAGCCAGCAACCCCCCUUCUACCUGAGUUACAUAGAAUAAUGCCACUAACCAAACAAGCUUCUCGGAGCCGUCCCAACCUCCGUGUGAUCCCUACUGUGACUUCUGACAAGCCCAAACAAGAGGAGUCGGUGCCAGACUCAGUUCCUGCUGUCCAAGUGCCUGUCCAGGUGUCCAUCCCACCUCUCAUAAGAUAUAACCCAGAGAAGAUCUCUGAUGAGAAGAAUCGGGCCUCCCAGAAGCAGAAGGUUAUUGAAGAAAGGGAAAAACUGAAGAGUGAUCAGGAAGCCCGUCAGAAGAAAAUGUACUAUCUCAGGACUGAGUUGGAGAGGCUACAUAAACAACAAGGGGAGAUGCUACGCAAGAAGCGAAGAGAGAAGGAUGGUCACAAAGAUCCACUUCUGGUGGAGAUGAGUCGGCUGCAGGAUAACAUCGUGAAGGACAUUGCAGAGCUACGGCAGGAAGCAGAAGAGGCAGAAAAGAAGCAAUCUGAACUUGACAAAGUGGCUCAGAUCUUGGGAAUUAAUAUCUUCGAUAAAUCCCAGAAAUCUUCAAAUGACAGUAGAGAACCUACUGAGAAGCCUGGGAAAGCAGAAAAAUCUAAGAGCCCUGAAAAAGAGUCAGCUUCCCCAACCUCUUCUAGCAUUAAGGAAUUGAAAGUAAACCAUGAGAAGUCCCGUGUUAAGAGCCCUAAACCUGCUGAAAGCCCCCAGCCACUUGCUAAGCAGUGUGAUCAGCCUGUUACUGGUUAUCAGUAUUAUGACGCUGGCAACCACUGGUGCAAAGAUUGCAGUACCGUCUGUGGGACCAUGUUUGACUUCUUCACUCACAUGCACAGUGAGAAGCACACACAGACACUGGAUCCCUACCACAGACCUUGGGCUUCAAAGACCCAGAGUGAGGCCAAGCAAGAUGCUGUAAAGCACACUGACAAGAUAACUGUUUCUGCAAAAGGCUCUGAAUUUCUGAUUCCUGUCACUGGAUUUUACUGCCAGCUCUGUGAGGAAUUUUUAGGGGAUCCAAUUUCUGGAGAGCAACAUGUAAAGGGUCAUGAACACAAUGAGAAAUACAAGAAAUAUGUGGAUGAAAACCCAUUGUAUGAGGCGAGGCGGAAUCUGCAGCAGCGAAAUCUGGAGCGGCGGAAUCUGGAACGCCAGGCCAGCCCAUUUGCUGUGGUCCUAGAAAAAGAACGGCGACGGCAAAAUGAGCUGAAGCGCAAACUUAGGGAGAAACAAAAAGAGGAGAAACAAAAAAAAGUGAAAGUGAAAGUUGUGAAAGAAACAAAAGAGAGUGACAAGAUCUGUAUGGAAUUAGAAGACCAAAUCUCUGAGUGCUGGAAUUCCCCUGAAAAAGCUGAAAAUAAAAGGAAUCUGAACAUCAAACUCCAAUUAAAAGAAGAAGUGAAGAAGGAAUCGCCAACAUCAUCAUCUUUUGGGAAAUUUAGCUGGAAGAAGCCAGAAAAAGAAGAGGAAAAGAGUUCAGUGGCGACCCCAAGUAUCCUUAAAGAAGAGAUUGUAGAAAGCAGUAAGGACAAAGAAGAUGGCAAAGCUGAGAUGGGGAAGGCAAAACCCAUCAAAAUCAAGCUGUCUGGGAAAACUGUUGUUGCACAUACAAGUCCCUGGAUGCCUGUUGUGACAACUUCAACGCAGACUAAAAUCCGACCCAACCUGCCUAUCCCAUCCACAGUACUCCGCAAGUCAAGUUCAGCUACAAUGAGCAAGCCUGCGCCACUUAACACCUUUCUGUCCAUCAAGUCCUCUGGAACCACUGCUAAACCUCUGCCAGUGGUUAAAGAGUCUUCAGCUGAUCCCCUCUUGCCUCCAGACAUCAUCUCCAAAGCUUUUGGAGGAGAAGAGGUGAUUCUAAAAGGGUCUGCAGAGGAGAAAGUGCUGGCUGAAAAGAAUGAGCCAUCCCAUAUACCUGACCAAAUGUUGCCGCCGCCACCCCCACCUCCUCCUCCUCCACCACCACCACCGCCUCCACCACCCCCAGUUGUACCUCAUCCCACUGCUCCAUCUCCUCAAGCAAAUGUGGUCUUGGCUUCAGGAAAGUCAAACUCAGCUGUGUCUCAGACUCCCAGUUCUGGCUUCCUGAGUCCUAACAUUCUGAAUCCAGUGUUGCCUAUAGCCUUCAAGGCCUCAGCACAGCCAGCUACCAUUCCUUCUGAUGAGACAGCUCCUGGGGUGAGUGAGAGUGACUGGGACCAGACCCUGUUCUCUAUGUUAGUGCGUCCUCCCCCACCCCUCUCAAGUGUGUUUAGUGAACAGGCCAAAAAGGUAGAGAAGCGAAAUUCAUGCUUAGCCACAGCCAAUGCUAAGGAUCUGUAUGACAUAUUCUAUAGUAGUGGUGGAAAGGGGGCCCCUGAGACUAAGCUGGGUACUGGUCCAUUGGCCAAUGGGGAAAAUAGCCACCUUUCUAAAACUGAAAAUUCAUAUACCUCUUUCACAUCUCCCCUGACUAGCAGUGUAUCUCAAAAAGAGAUUGCUCAAGACAGAGGCUUGGCCACUGCUCCUGUGGUCAGGAACCAUGAAAAUCCCAUAGUAGAAACUGUAACAUCAAUAGGGAAACGGUCAAUUGUAAAGGAAGUAGACUCAAAAAGUAGAGACUGUAGCUAUAGCUUCUUACAGCCUCUGACAAGGUUGUGCCAAAAUAGGUCUUAUAAAACUACCCCACAGACAGACACUUCAGCCAUGUGGACUAAUAAUAGCUCUGUCCAGAGUGACACUGAUGGGGAUCUAGCUUCAAAAGGGCAAAUUAAAUUUGACCUGGGAGAGCCAGGCCCACCUGGUAUAGACCUGGAUCCUCAGCUGUCAGGUACACACUGUCACACCAGGGAAUCUCAGACAAUGGUAGAAGUUCACCUCAUAGAUUCUGGUAAGGAAAGCCAAGAGCUCUACAGCUCUAAGGAUUGUGGAAAAAGUGAGAUAGAGACAAACACUGAACUAAAAGGAAGGGUAGCAGUUAAAGAGGGAGCAAGUGUCAAUUCUGGGCCCCAUAGCCUAGAAGAUUCUAAUUUGAACUAUGGGAACAGAUACAUGUGGGAGGGAGAAGUAGAACAACCAGAGUUACUAAUGAUUGACAAAGAGGUUGAACAAUCUAAGAAAUCAAUGACAGAACAUGAAACUCCAAGUAAAGUAAUCACUGAAUCAAGUGCACAGGCAAAAAAAGACUCAUUUCCAUUAGAAGAUAAAUCUUUACUCCAGAAUCCACAAGAUAAACCAGGGAAAAUUUCCACCCCAGAGUUGCUUCUUCAGUGUCCAGCAAGACCAGAUACAUAUUUAACAGAUAAUGCCCAGGAACAAGGAGUUUCAGGUGGUAGUGAAGAGUGGCUAGAACAUUCAGCUCAAGAAUCAGGUUCCAGAACUUCUAGGUAUAGAAGUCUCAAAUUCCAAAGAGAAAGAUCAAAAGACUUUCAAGGUAAAAUGAUCUGUGAUUUGGCUGUUUGGGAUGAGAACAAGAGCCCAGAGAAACCUGAAGUGAAAACUGUGAAACUUCGAGACAUUCAUCCAGAAUUAACAGCAACAAUAGAAAACAAGGCCUUGGCAGAUUUUGAAGCUAAACACUUAAAGGUAAAGGAGCUUGCUACUCUGGGGAAUCUGGAAGAUACACGUGUUGAUUUCUGCAAUACUCGGUUAGACCCAGGACAUGGACCCCUAACAGCCCUGUCUCAGAAAGCAUGUGAAGAAAAUUUUGUAUCAUCUGCAGGGUAUAAUCCCUCUACCCCUAGUAACUUUGAAGCAGUCUCAUCUUUUUCUGGGUUUCCAUUAGAUUCUCCCAAAACCCUGGUGCUUAAUUUUGCAACAGAAGGUGAACACAAUUCCUCUAAUCCCAGAAGUGGGAGGAUUGUUUCUCCCAACAUUUUGAAAACUGGACUUCCUACAGAAAAUACUGACUGUGGCUUGGGUAGCCUAGAGAGAACACAUCAGGCCCUUGACCUGUUGUCAGGGGGAAGGCUGCAUGAAGAAGCAGAAGAAACUUCCCAGUUAAAGAAGCAAGAGUCACUCAGGUUGGAAUCAGAAACAACUAGUCCGGCAGGCCUUGGACCAUCUCCUUGCCUUCCAGAUCUCGUUGACUUUGUUACACGGACAUCUGGCAUUCUGAAAGAGAAACUGUGUUCUCCAUUUUCUGAUCCAGAUGACCCUCUUAAGUGUAGCUCCUUGGAAAUGGGACCACUGAAGCUAGAAAUCCCAGAUGUCUCCAAUACAGAAGUAGCGGUUCUCCAGGCAGAUGAGGAAAGUAACAACCCUUUGAAUUUGGUCAAAACUCCAGCUUCAGAGUCCUCUUCUGGGGAGCAGGUAGUUGGAGGCAGUCUGGUCCCUCAGAAAAUAACUGAUGAAGCUGCAGUCAGUCCCUUCCAGAACCACACAGAAUCCAGUGUUCGUGAUUAAACUCCCAGGACUCCUUGUGGAUGAACCAAAUUGGCUUCUAGAAAUUGGAUACCCAGAUGAUCCAGGACUGGUUGGCAGUCUCAUCGAACCUACACCAUGAGAUAUAGUCAACAUCUUACAGUAAAUAUUUAUGGAAGCUAAAAAAUGUACCUCCUUUUUUCCUUUCCCCUUACAAUAUCAGGCAAAUCAAUCAUAACAUAUAUAUAUAUAUAUAUAUAUAUGUAUCUGUAAAAAAAAAAGUAUUUUCUGUUAUUUUUUUUAUCUUUUGGCCAAGUUAUUUUCUCCUGCUUUGUCAUUAAAGUCAGAUGUCUAUCUGUUUACCACAUAGUGUGCUUUGAUUGUAUUUUGGCUUUGAUGUUGCCAUUUGUAGAAUGUGGGGGAGGAGGGAAACCAGAGAGUUGACUUCUCCAAUUACUGUGUUGUAUUCCUACCAAAUUUCCUGGGCAACUGGUGGAUCUUGGGAGAAACACCGGAAAGCUUGUUGAAACGGAAAGCUUCUACUGAAAAGGAAGAAUUGUUCAUCUCUUGGGCUUCCAUUUGGAUGGGCCUACCUUAACAAUGUUUGAAAUGCAGCGUGAGUAGCCCUUUUAUUGUUUAUUUACUUCCCUUACUGGCAUGUCAGCUCCCAUACAUCCCCUCUUGCUGUUUGCUUGAGAUGGUCCUCCUGGCCCACAAACCUAUUUGGAAAUGGCCUCAAUAAGCAUGGAAGAAAAUCUGGCAGACUCAACAGAAGACAACAAAUCGGUAAGGUUUAUUCGUGCAUGGCCCAAUCCCAGGAGCAGAUAUGUUUUUAGGAAAUCGCUUUCAUUUAAAAAUGACAUUUGCUCAUUGUACUGUGUGUUCCAGUAAUACUUUAUAUCAAAUUGUUUAGCAACUAUUUCUGUUUUAAAGAGGCAGAAAAUCUAAAACUUAUCUUGAGAUUGAACUCAUUCUGUUCCACAAAUCUAUAUGUAUACCUUCUCUCCUUAUCCCAAAUUAUUUCCAUCAGUGUGAUGUUUUGGGUUGUACAUUUGUUAAAAAAAAUUAAAGAAUUUAUAAGUUGGCUUAACUUUAUUUUUAAUGUGUUAAUUUCAUGGAAUAAAUGCAUUAAUCUCAUGUUUCUUUCUGGAUUGUUGUUUUGAAACCACACACAUUUGAACUUCAAAGGAAGACUAAAGUAGUGAACCUCUACUGACUUGUUUGUUCCCACCUUCAUCCACCUCCCCCCCCCCCGAAUUGUCAGAGCUACUUUCUUCAUACCAGAAUGUUAAGUUAGUAGUCUGUACCCCUCUGCUGCCACGUAAGUGGUGAGAGGCCUCAGUGGUCAGUAUUCUUCUGUAAAGCUCUUAUAAACCCUUGUUUUGGCUCAGGCUCUUCCAGGAAACUGAGUUUCUUUAAGACAGUCAGACUCUUGCUGAGGUCCUCUUUGGAAUCAAGGAGUCAGUCCUCAGAUUUUCUAAUCUCUGUCUCUUCUGCCAUCCCUGUUGUCAGCAAUUUGUAACCUGGCUCAACAAAGGCUUCUGAGUCCUUUUCUCUCCUACCUGUUCUUCAAAGGUAAUAUAGUAUCACUAGUCUUAUUCUCAGAAUUCUUUCUUCCUUAUUUCUGUGUGUAUGGAGCUACAGAAUCAUCAGGUUGAAUUUUAGGAGGCGAGGGCCAGGGAUUUAGCUCAGUGGUAUAAGCAUCUGCCUGGCAAGCAUGAGGUUGUGAGUUCAAUCCCCAGUACAAAAAAAGAAAAAAAAAAAAAAAGAAUUUUAGGAGGCUACUUAAUUUUUCUGAAGCCUUAAGUAAUAUCAGUUGAGAAAUGAUUCUGACUCCUCUUCAUGUUGUGGAAAGGAAAGAGAUUUGACAGCUAGUCAUUGAAAAUGCCUCCAUCAUUUGUUGUGGUUUUUGACAAGGUGCUUUAUUGGACAGGGUUCUUUUAAGAUGAGGAUUAUUAUCCCCAUUUCAGCACCAAAUGUUUACAGGGUCAGGCUGUCCUGAGUAAUCUGUAGGCUUGAUUUUUCAGCUGUAGCCCAAAUUCAGAAUGCUUCUGACCUGGAAACCACAGACUGACUCAAAAAGGUAUCUUUUUUUUUUUUUUUUUUGAAUGGUGAUUUGAACUCAGGAACUUGUGCUUGCCAGGCAGAUGCUGUGCUGUUGAGCUAUAUACCCAACCCCAAAAUGUCUUUUAGUAAACUUAAGCCCAUGAGCUUUGACAAGAUUUGUUUUCCCACUUAGUCCCUUUUUAUCCUAGGAUGUUAUCUAUAGGAAUUUUGGAAACAAUAGUUUAAAAAUGCUGGUUUGCAUUCAUUUUUAGGCCGGUUAGUUUAUAGUUUAACCUCUCUGGGAAAAGAUAGGUGGGUUUAGGGAAAGAGUAGGGAGAAGUUAAUCAUAUGCAGAUCUCAACUCAGUAAGUUAGUCUUCCCCCGUAGGUAAGAGGGAGUCAUCUGAGAGGGAUGAUAAGGAAAGAGAAGCAAAUUUUAGGAAGGACAAAACUAGGUAGGUGGGGCUGGAGUACAUAGAGCCUAAAUUUUAGUAAUAACUUGUAAUUUCUGGGUAGCUUCAAGAUUUACACCAAAGUCAUCUACCAAUCCAGAGCUUUUUCUAGAAGGCACAUUUCUAAGAGUUACAGGAAUGGCAUUUUUCAUGUCUGCUCUGAUCCAGGAAAGGGAGAGCUUUUAGAAUUCCAGUCUGGGCUGGAAGUAGUGCUACUUUUUAUACCUUUAAUCAGUGAGAUCUAGCUUUGGAGCUCAUCCAGAAAAGCUGUGUUAAGGGGGUGGGGAGUCCAACCCAAUAGCUAGCACCAAGAGGUAGGGUGUAUUUCUUUUUAUGUCCUGUCACAGUAUAGAAUAAAGUUUCAACUUGGAGACAAAGCACAUGCAAGGAAUGGGCCCUGAUCUUUAUAUGUUGCUUUUGUAUAAUGCAGGUACAUUCUAGAUUUCUGUGAACAUCAGGAGCAGUUUUUAUAGUCCACCCUCAUGAGCACAAAUGUGAGCAAACACCCACAAGUACCUAAUAACCCUCUAAGAAUUCCCUUGGCUUUCUGAAUGGAGGCUUCCUACCUUGUAAGCUGCCAUUCUAUUCAUAAGGCAUGUAACACUUUUAGUAUUUAUUUUCCUGCUAAUACUACUGAGUAAUACAGGAAAGUUGUCCAACUUUACACCAUGUGUGCUUCAUCUCUUAAAAAGUUAAAAUGUCCAUAAAUUAUGUAAUGUUUCAGUAGUGGGGCAUACCAGAAUAUAUGUCUGUCUCAUCAAAUUUCCAGAUGCAGAGUCUGAGGAAAAAUGAGUAGUAGAUAUCCAGGACACAGUAAUCCAAUAGAAACAUUACCUCUUGUUUUUAAGGGGUAAAGAUUCAGAUGAAAUAAACUAUAACAAAUGAAGUGCUUUUUUUGUUUUGUUUUGUUUUAAAUGUCUUACCUCUGCUUCUCCUCAGUUUAUUAAGAUUAACUAGAUCCAGGAUAAAUGAGUGAUUUAUGUAAGAAAACAGAAAUACAGAAUAGAGAUUAUAAAAUCGUUUCUUCUUAGAGUUUAAAGGUUACAACUUUUUAUUUGUUGUUUGUUUUUGGUACUGGGGAUCAAACUCAUAACCUUGCACUUGCCAGGCAGGCACCUACACCGAAGAGCUAAAUCCCCAGCCCUAUUACAGCUUUUUAGCUUAAAAAGUUAGGUAUGCAGUGACAAUAGUCAUUGGUAAAUAAACAAUUGAACGUUCACUGUGAAUGUACUACUCUUAAAAGAUCUGAGUGUGGUGGCACAUGCCUAUAAUCCCAGCACUCAGGAGGCUGAGGCAGAAGGAAGAAUCUUUACAAGUUUGAGACUAGCCUGGGUUACAAAGUGAGCCAAAGGCCAGCCGAAACAAGAUAACAAGACCCUAUCUCAAAAAGAUAAAAAAAAAAAAAAAAAAAACAAUACUAUUCUGAGCUGCCUUCAACUUACACAUUUUUGGAAGAAGUUAAUUGAUAAAACAUGACUAUGUUACAGCAUUUAACAUGGUUUAUAGUUUUAGAUGUGUAUAUUUCUUUGAUUAACACCCCAUCCCAGCUGCUUCAUAAACUCUCCAAAGUAGGAAUUUGUUUUGCUGCUUCAUCAUCGUAUUCACAGUGCACAGUUGCUGGGCAUGUAAGGUGUGCAAUAAAAAUCUGUUGCAGUAAUCAGUGUGGUAAUAGCUAUUUUUCCUAACUGAUCAUUAAUAUUUAACAAUUUAUAAAAGAGCAAAAACAAUUGCUGACUCUAGUUUGUGGUUCCUUAACACUUUAGAAGCCAUCUGUCUGUAUACAAAUUACCAUCUGUAGUAGGGUGUUUAUAUCAAGGCUGCCAGUAGUCCCUUGUUGGAGUAAUAUUCUGGAGUAGUGGUGCCAGAUUAGAAAGGGUACACACUGCCCCGCAGCAGAAGAGAAAUGGUAAGGAGAGCAAACUGACUUGAGAGUUAUAAAAAAGUAAAAAAAAAAAAAAAAAAAAAAAAGCCAAAGAACAGAUUUUGAGGGCUCUGAUGUUCAGAUGGCCCCCUUUCUUCUUCCAGCCAGAUAAGUAUGUUGAAAUCAGCCAAACUGUAAACUCUGAUUUGACUGUAGGAAUAAUUCAACAUUUUAUGGCCUAGCAUCAUCUUGUUAUCUCAAGACUAAAUCAAGCUCAAUUUCAUUUCUGGAUGGAAUUGAAAAAAAUGUUUAGAGUUUAUCUUAGAAGAAUGAGAAGCAGUACUUUUACUUUUUGUCUUUUAUGUUUCUACCUUCUCACCAUGGAAAUGCAUUUUACAUAAUAUUUUAUAUAUCCAUAAAAUAUAUAUGUAUGCAUAUGCAUGCAUAAAAAUGUUUAUGUUAGUAAGGAUUAUCUGAUGCUGCAGAAUUACUGCCAAAGUUUUAGGAUUUUUUUUUUCUCUUCUGGAUACUUUUAUGUAUUAAAAAAUGUUUUUAGAGCUGUCUUUUAUUUGAUGCAUCAUGCCUCUCAUCUACUCUCCACAGUUAAAAAUAGGACCUGGUUUUUUUCCCUCGAGACCUUGUGAACCCCUCUCCUCCCACCUAUGCUGGGCAACAUGCCUUCUUUUUUUUUUUUUUUUUUUUUUUUUUUUUUUUUUUGUCUUUUUUCCUUUUGGUACCAGGGAUUGAACUCACGACUGCCUGCUUGCAAGGCAGGCGCUUAUGUCGCUGAGCUAAAUCCCCAGCCCCUGCAACAUGCCUUCUUAAAAAUCCCCUGUUAUUCUUUUCUUCUCUCUCUCUCUUGCCUGUACUCUACUGAGCUGACUGUGCAUAUCUGCUGAUAUGCAAGUACUUGGCCAUUAAAUUAUAUGAAUCAAGAUACUUGUCUCCACAAAGCUUACUUUCUUGAAGGAACAUAAAAGAUAAUCAGUUUGUUGCAUGCAAAACGGUAUAAGAUAUAAUUUAUAUCUACUUAUAAUUUAAAAAUUUUUCAUGCAUCUGUUCCUUUUAUUCAUGGAGAAUCAGGCUUUGGCAACCCUAUCCUAAAAUGGGAAUGAUACAGAGAAGUUUAGCAUCAUUCCUGUACAAGGAUGAUACGCAUAUUUGUGAAGCAUUCCAUAUUUUUAGAAAAGGGAAAAGAGAAAAGAUGUAAAUUUGUAUAUGUAUACUUAAGACAGCUAAGAUGAUUGCACUACUAAUUCUAUUCUUGGAACAAAACCGUUAACGUAGGAUUAGAUCAAUUUUGCAUGUCUAUAUCUGGUAAUCUGAGUAACCUUUUUUUUUUUUAGUAACUCUUUUAAAGAUACCUGCAAAGUAAUAACCUUUGUUAAGUUCCUACCACCUUGUUUUGAAAGCCUGUAUUGUUAUUGUUUGGGGGUUUUUGUUAUUGUUUGUCUCUUGUUUCUUGUUUUUCUUGUAUUUUUUGUCUCAUAUUUCCUUCUUUAAAAACGUUUUGUGAAAAAUAAGGGAAAUGAGUAUGUUUAAAAGAAGUGAAUGAGCAGGAUGAAAAUAGAGGCAUAGGUAUGUAAUUGGAGAACAAAAGGUAGAGGAUGUGAAGAAAGAAAACAAAAAGAUGAAAUCAACCAUAUUGAAAUAGUAUUUUUUUCAUCUCUUAGAUACUAUGCCCUUACUAAGGUUCCAUUUAAUUUUCCCAUAGCCUAUUUACAUAAGAAAUAGUAUGAUCAUAUUUUUACUGGUUCUCACCACUCUCUAUCAUUUCAGGAACAAGUCCAGAAUCCUGCAGAUUUACAAAAGGAAGCACUGCAGCAGACAUUUCUGCUCCAGGAAGGCAAGGACAGAAGUCACAGAGAUCACGGAAAUGAUGAGCGCCCUUGUGGCCAGUAGGCAGUCAACUCUAGGGUCUGACUUCCAGAAGGUAGGUACGGCUGUGGAGAAUUCCCUGCCAUUUUAGCAGCCAGAAAAUGGUGAGUUGAGUGAGUGAAAAUAUCUGUGUCUUUGUAUCAGUAGAGGAGGAUAAAAUUAGACUGGACAUAAUGAAUGUGUAUUUUAGAGUUUGCAUCCCACGUCUCAUUCAAUAUUGAAUAAAUUAUCUGUUAAACUUUCAUCUCUCAUUUUGUGCCAUGAUACUUAUGUUAAAACUGUGGGCUUCAGGCCUUCUCAUUCUUCCUGUAUCUCCAAAUUCCCAGCAAGUAGAAUAUCUUCAGUCUUGUUUUUAGUCUCCCUUACAAGUCUGUGCAAGAAUCAGAGUAAAAUUAGGUCCUUAAAUGAGUGGAGUAGUAGUAGGCAAAGGAGCCUUUAGGGAGGGAACCAAUCAUAAAGAACGUUUAAAAAAUCUCUGGCAUCAUACGUCACAAUUGUCUACUGGAUUCCAUUCAGUCUUACUACCUCCCCUACACUGCGUCAUUCCAAAAUGCAAGGAAAUAACUUACUCUGUCCAUCUUAAUUUCCAGUAGGUGUUUCACUUAUUCUUUAUACUUGGAACUGUGGACUCAGCAAUAUGGUGAAAAUGAGAACCAAGACCUAAUGACUUGACCUCUUAAGUCCUUAAAACUCUGAGAUUCAUUAAAUUCUGAGCUUUCCCAGUUCCAGAUUCACCCAGAAAAUUACUGGCCUAAUUUUGUUACUGAUUGGUAGAGUCCAGGAGGUCUAGUUUACUGCCCAACUAAAUCUAUGGUUUUGGUAACUUUUAGAAAUACUUGUGAGAUUGCAAAUAUUUUUUAAAGCAGAUAAUGAACAACCUAAAUUUUCAGUAGAAUAAAAAGUAAAGGGUAAAAAGCAUCCCAGGGCUCUUGCAACUGAGAUUAUGUCCAUUAAGGUCUACUCAUUCCUAAAACAUUACUCUGUGGGUGAAGCAAUGAAAAACAGCCUGGAACCAGGUCUGCCAACACUUUGUCACUACUACUUUGUCUCUCUCCAACCCAAGGUCUGUUUCUCAUCAACCAUCAUAUUAUCCUUUCCAGGGACAAGCAAGGGUGUUGGUCACAUGCUGGAAUUCCAAACUGUGAUCUACAUGUAUACGUCCAUCCCCUGGCUUACAGCCCAGAUCUUAGUUCUGCAGUGGUGUCUAAAGUCUAAGGCUUUGAUUCUGGAAGUGGGCAGUGGGAAAGAGAACUUUUUAAAAAUUGAAUAUUAUUUUAUUUUUUCUCACUAAUUCAAAGAGAAUAUUUUUGAAUAAAGUUUUCUCCUUUGUACUUCUAUUGAUAUUCUGUAGUUUACAUAUAAGUGAUGAAAUAUUUAAGAUCUUUUCAUUGAAAUAUAAUUCAUAAAACAGUUAAGUUUACAUAAGACAAAAUUCAUUGUCUUAAAGUAUACAAUUUUUUGGAUUUUAAUACCUUCAAGUCAUACUACUACCACUACCACUAAUUCCAGAAUACUUUCAUCACCUUUCUCCCAAAAAAAAUACCCUGGUAUAUCCACCAGCAAAAACUCCCAAUUACCACUGCUUUCACACUGUCCCUGUUCUGGGCACUUACUAGUCUGCUUUCUGUCUCUUAUAACUUUACCUAUUCUGACCAUGAAUCAUACAACUUGUGGCUGUUUGUGUCUGGCUUCUUUCAUUCAGCAUAAUGCUCUCAACAUUCAUCCAUAUAGUGUCAUCUGUCAUUGCUUCAUCAUACGAUACACCACAGAUGUACACCGUGUUUUGUUUAUCCAUGAGUUGGUAGACAUUUUGGUUAUUUCCACUUUGGAGCAAUUAUGAGUAAUGCUGCUAUGUUUAUGUGCAAAUUUUCACGUGGACAUAUAUUUUCAGUUUUCUUGGGUGUAUGCUUAGGAAUAGAAAUACUAUUGGUAACUGUAACUUUUUUAUUUUUCAAAAAAUAAAUAUUUGUAUUAAAACAUAA